AUGGAAUCAACGGAACAACGUUCAACCUCUUCCCAAAAAACUACUACAAAAACUGAUGAUAUUUCCUCGCCUAUUUACAAGGAACCCCAUAUACUGGAUCUUGAACCACACAUAAAUCUUGCCACUGCCUUUGACAAGCUAGAAGUUCUCUACGAAUCGUUGGUCGAUUUUGAGAACAUGAAGAGAAAUGGGAUUGACCUCACUGAAGACCUUAGAAAGCAAGGAGAAGCUGGAGAGAGGUUGCAGGCACGUCAGGCCAAAGAGGCAAAAGAGAGAGCCAAAAGAGAAGCUGAAGAGAAGGCUCGUCUGGAGGAAGAACAAAGAGCAAGAGAAGUUGCAGAGAAGGUUGUUACCGAGGCUGCUGUUGUUGCUGAAGUUGAAGCCAAAGAAAAGGCUGAUGCUGAAGAAGCAGCACCCAUGGCUGCAGAAGAAGCUGCCAAGGCUAGGAAUGACGCUCUGAUUCAGGGGGAGCAAUUUCACUCUGAUUUUUCUCCUCUAGUGUUGAAGACUCUGGAAGAGCUACAGAAGGAGUAG